UCCUUCUUAUCCUCUCUCUCUCACUGGCAACAACUGGAUCGAUCUUUCACCUUCAUCUCCUCUCGUUCGAUCCGUUUUUCUUCUUCCGUCGGCUAUAUAUGCCCGCACAAGGCCGUGACGGACAGAAUCGUUUCAUAGAAUUCGCAAUCAUCGUCGUCGUCGUCGUCAUGCAACAAGCUCCGGUCUCCGAUCUCUCUGUUUUGGAGAGGCAAAGAUUGCACUUCGAUUGGCAGCAGCAGGAACAGCCAAGCCGCCAUUCUUAUGAUGCCGAUCUCUGCGUGCGGAGUCUGAACUCCUUCACCUGCUUCAGCAAUGGCCUGCCCGAUCUCGCUCAGUACUCGAUGCCUGUCGCUUCGAAUUUUGAGGAAGCAGGCGUCGCGGCAAGCAAUUGCAACCCCAAAAGGAGGAAGGCGGAGAGCUCUCCCAAGUCAAAGCAGGACGAAAGUAACUGCAAGAGAGGGAAACAAGAAAGAAGAUCAGAGUCCAGACAGCAAAACAAUAGAAAAGAGGCGUCAGGAGACACCUCGAGUUAUAAGAACGAGGAGCAUCCGAAGGCCGAUUACAUUCAUGUUCGAGCUCGCCGUGGCCAGGCCACCGACAGCCAUAGCUUAGCCGAGAGAGUGAGGAGGGAAAGGAUCAGCCAAAGGAUGAAGUACCUCCAGGAAUUGGUGCCGGGAUGCAGUAAGAUCACCGGAAAAGCCGGCAUGCUCGACGAGAUCAUCAACUACGUGCAGUCUCUCCAAAGACAAGUCGAGUUCCUGUCAAUGAAACUCGCCGCCGUGAAUCCACUGGCGGCGGACAACAACUUCUCAAAUUGCAGCAUGGGCAUCUCAUCCGAGCCAAUGGAGCAGCCAUUCCUUCACUUCAACUCCUUACAAGCCCAUCCCUGCUCGGGCCUGGACAUGUACAUGGAUUCUUCUUCGGAUCUAGUGCCCGAUGGAUCCUCCUUCGUCUCAUGCAGCGCUCUCAAUAGCUUGUACGGGGUAGAAUUCCAGCUGGGGAGAGGGACAGCAGCCUUUCCAUUUCAAUCAUUUCAAGGGAAUCUCUUGCCUAACAAUCUCAAGAUGGAGAUAUGAUUAUAUCGGUUGAGAAGUGAAUCAUUGGAGGGAGUCGAGUAUUGUUCCUCAUGCUGAUCGGCUAGCACAUUUGCUGGGGAUGUAUUCAUUAUUAGUUGCUCGUGUGUAUCAUAUAUUGACUGGCAUCUCGUUACCUCUAAAUAGAAUUAGUUUUUUUUCAUUGA